AUGUCUGACGCUGUCGUUGCUCCUCCAACUCCUACUGCUCCAGCUACUGCCACAUCCACGAAGAAGGUCAAGCCAAGCAAACCAAAAGGUGAAAAGAAGGCGAAGGUUGCUCCGAGUCAUCCGGUUUAUGGGGCCAUGAUUAAGGCCGCCAUAAAGGAGCUGAAGGAUCGCAAAGGAGCGUCGAAGCAAGCGAUCUUCAAAUUCAUCAUCCAGAAGUACAAGGUCGGAGACAAUGAGAAGCAGAUUAAUGCUCGACUUCGUCUCGCUCUUAAAAAAGGCGUUGAGAAAGGUCUGUUGAAGCAAGCAUCGGGAACUGGAGCUGCAGGACGAUUCCGCCUCGCUGAAAGCUCGGAGAUCCCUGCUAAGCCAAAGGUUGCCAAGAUCCCGAAAGCUGCCACUGAUGAGGCCAAGCCUAAGAAACCCACAGCUACAAAGCCCAAGGCACCCAAAGCAACGAAGGAAAAGUCUGCCAAGUCUCCUAAGAAGGCUACUAAACCCAAGGCUAAGACCGCUAAGUCGCCAAAGAAGGCCGCUACUCCGAAAAAAGCCGCACCUAAGCCGAAGGCAGCAAAGAAGACGGCACCUAAAAAAGCUGCUCCUGCAAAAUCUUAA